CUACAGUGUUGGUUAAAAAAAAACCUUCCUCUACUGAAUACUGGGAGUGUAUACUUACAUGACUUGUAGAUCUUAGAGGCGCUUUGUUCCCCAUUACGUCAAGACAUUACCCAAAGUGAUAGCUAUUCUUUACGACAAAUAUAAUCGAAGAUCGUUCAUCAACUCACCGAAAGAUGGUGCUGCUUUUGCCUUUCAUUGUUCCGAUGCUUAUUGGAAGAACGCUAGACGUUCGAAAGUUUCAAAUAGGCCCUAACAUCUAUAAUGAGGACGACUACAAAGAUAUCCAAGAUGAAGACACGACAUCUACUUACCAUAUUAUUGAAUCUCCCAAUGAGCUAUACAAUCUGCUAGAAAUACCACUAGAUGUCGCCCUUUACGUAAAGGCAGGCCUAAUCCAAACGGAAGUGGUGUCGCUUGGCCUGGAUUUGUUACUGAAGGAUAUUCAGCAGCGCAAGAAUACAAUUUAUCUCUGUAUUAUAGUGAAAACUAGAACGGUUAAAAGGGGGCUUUUGUCGGGUGCCUCUCUACUAGAAAGAUGGAAGGAGCUUGAUCCUCGAGUUCUGGGGACUCAUUAUUGUAGCUCUUUGGAGUUUGGAGGAAGAUUAUUGGUGUUAGCCCAGAUCCAAACUAACCAUCCUGCUGACUUCAUUCAGGUUAAAAAGAUGUUGACCGAUAAUAUAGGGGAAAGUGGACCUUUUUCUGACAGCAUAGCAGAAAAUUGGCUUCACUUAGAAGAGAGUCUGAAAAAGCAGGACCUGCGAGGAGAGGUUAAGCUCUCAAUGAACAGCUACAGCACGAGCGACACCCAAUCCAACAUAGAACUACCAGGAGAUUUGCUUCGCCUGGUCAAAGACUUCCCAUCAAAAGUCCGAGAAAACGGCAUUGGUGAUCCUAUGAUUAUGACAUUAGAACCACUGACCAGUAUUGACUCAUCGUUUCCUGAUGUCCGGCAAGAGAUGAAAACCGAGGACUUGAAGCUGAUUAUCUCGAUGUUUGAUGAUCUCAGAUAUACCAAAUCUAAUCUGAACAACUGGAUUGUAAAGAUUGAUGAGCCAAUUAGUGAGAACGAGGAGUAUGCGAUUGCUGCACUUCUGGAUCAACUGAACAAUCUAUUAGACGACUUCUACCAACUUAUCUCAGAGACGACCUUGUACAACGUUCCAGACAGGAAGUUUCUGGAGAACACAAUAUACAGUUACAACAUUGGCCUUCCUUUCCCAAACGCCACCUACCAGUUGGCAUAUCUUAGGCUAAAAGAACACAUCAAUGUGAAAUGUGAGGCUGCGUUUCGGGCACCGAUAAAAACCCACCUUAUGGCUGACGUUUUUGAAACUGUGGAGCACGGGACUGUGACAGGAGGACUAGAAGGUUGUAAAGACCUUUGUUUCGACGAUGUCAAGUGUCGCUCUAUCGGCUACGGGGAAAAUCUACAGAAGUUUGAUGAACAGAUUGGUAACUGGGUUGAAGUAAAGAACUUAUGCUGGGUAUACUUCAGAAGUACAGUAACAACAUCCUUAAAAGACAAUUCUGAACUUAUUUUUGGAGAUCUAUUUGUUUACGACCGUAUAUGUUACAGUUAGGACACCGAUGCUCUAUAUCAGUGUCAUUGUUCUACAGAUUUUGUAGGUUUGAAUUUGUUUCUUUGUAUCUUUUUACAUGAAGACUGAUCUCUUGAACUAAACACUUUAAAUUUACGUAUUAUAUUUUUGAAUUUUUAAUAGAUAUAUAUAUUGUCAGACACUGUUAUCAGUUAACUUUAACAUAGCUUUUAAAGUAAGCGGUUAGGCCUAAUUCGUGUACUGAUCUAUGUACUCCUACAAUGUUUUCUCAUAAAUAAAGAAAAACUUUCUCUGUU